AUGGCCACCACACUAACAGGUGGAAAUCCACACAUAAUCCAACUCCCAACAACACCACCAAACACCCCCGUCGAUGCGCGCACAAUCGCCCAACAAUGGCUCUCAGCCCUAUCAACCCAGCUCUCGAACCCAGCUUCACUCAAUAUCACCGACCUGUUCCAUCCCGAAUCCUGGUGGCGCGAUAUGCUGGCCCUGGACUGGGACAUGUGUACCGUCCAUGGCGCAGCCGAGAUCGCAGCCUUCCUCGGCAAGCACCAGAACAAAGCACAGCUACGCGGAUUCCGCCUGCAAGAUAGUGGUCGGUUCCAGCCACGUCUGGAACAAGUGGUUGAUGGACUGAGCUGGGUUUCGUCGAUGUUUUUCUUUGAUAGUGCUGUUGGAAGUGGGACGGGUAUGCUGCGACUUACGCAGGGUGACGAUGGCGUGUGGGGGGCUUAUGCUGUUUAUACUUCGUUGCAGGAGCUGAGGGAUGCUCCUGAGCCAUUGGGGGAGAGGAGGGCUGCGGGAACGACGGAGUCUAUGCCUGGUGGACUGGCUGGGGGGACUUGGAUUGAGAGAAGAGAGAGACAGAAGGAAUUCCUGGACGAGGAGCCGACUACUUUGGUCGUUGGGGCUGGUCAGGCUGGUUUGAAUAUGGGGGCGCGGUUGCAGAGUGUUGGGAUUUCCUGUCUGAUCGUUGAUAAGAAUGAGCGCGUUGGUGAUAACUGGCGGAAUCGGUACAGGACACUGGUUACCCACGACCCAGCUGAAUUCACUCACAUGGCCUACCUGCCUUUCCCACAGAAUUGGCCUCAAUUUACACCAAAAGACAAAUUAGGCGACUGGUUCGAAGCAUAUGCAAGCAUCAUGGAAUUGAACGUCUGGAUGAAAACUUCUGUCGUCUCGGCAGAAUAUAACGACACAGCUGCAAAGUGGACAGUGAUCGUUGCUCGCAGUGAUGGCUCUCAACGCACGCUGCAUCCUCAUCAUAUCGUUUGGUGUACUGGCCAUUCAGGCGAGGCACGUAUUCCUUCAUUCCCCGGCCAACAGUCCUUCCAAGGUAGGGUAUACCACGGUAGUCAACACCGUGAUGCAUCGGAGUCAGAUGUCCGUGGAAAGAAGGUUAUAGUUGUGGGAACUGGAAACAGUGGUCACGAUAUUGCGCAGAACUACUACGAAAAUGGAGCCGAUGUCACCAUGCUGCAACGCAGUGGGACAUAUGUCCUGACUGCCGACAAAGGUGUCUUCAUGAUGCAUAAAGGAAUGCAUGAGGAUGGAGGACCCCCAACGGAAGAAUGCGAUAUCGCUACAGAAAGUCUCCCCUGGCCCGUCCAACUCGCCUUAAGUGUGCACUUGACAAAGCGGAUCGCGGAAGCCGAAAGAGAAACCCUUGACGGACUCCAGCGCGCCGGCUUCCAGCUUGACUUUGGUCCCGACGGUGCUGGAAUCGCACGCGCAUACUUCACCCGUGGUGGGGGCUACUAUAUUGAUGUCGGCUGCAGCCAGCUCAUCAUCGACGGCAAGAUCAAGAUCAAGCAUAGUCCCAGUGGGAUCAAUGGCUUCGGUAACCGUGAGCUUAAACUGGCAGAUGGCGACUCUCUACCUGCAGAUAUUGUCGUUCUCGCUACUGGAUAUGAUAAUAUGCGUACGACUGUUCGCAAGGUUUUGGGUGACAAGGUUGCGGACAGAUGCUCUGAUGUCUGGGAUUUGGAUGGAGAGGGCGAGGUCAAUGCUAUGUGGCGUCCCAGCGGCCACUCAGGCUUCUGGUAUCAUGGAGGAAAUCUGGCGUUGUGUCGUGUUUACUCCAAGUUCCUUGCACUUCAGAUCAAGGCUGUUGAGACUGGUCUGUCUACCGGGGUGAGACAGCAGGGAUCAAGCAGAGAGACUAAGAUUUAA